AUGUGGAGGUCAACUAAAAACAAGUCGCAAACCAAUGCUUCGAAUUACUUGGGAGAAAUCAACGACGACGCUAUUACCCAAAAGGCCUGGGUGCGAUUUCGAACUCGACAGAAAUAUGUCUUCCAUGAACUGCCAACAGUCUAUGAAGUAUACAUGGACUCUGUUCUGGGAACUCGGUCCAUGUCCAAAGCUUUCUUGAGUGUCGCAAGAGUGUACACCUUUGCCCACUACUACCACAUUGAGACACUCAUGAUAUUUUGCCGGGCCAAGAUUCACAAACUCAUGAUUCUAGCUCCAGGCAGAGAAGAAGUGUGUGAUUUACUGCAACUUUGCAAGGACGAACCAGCUUCUGCAGGAUUGAAAGAGCUAGUCUUUGAGUAUUGCGCCCUUAAUCUUCGCCGACUCUUGGCUUGCAAAAGGUUCCAUACCACUAUUGAAGAAUAUCCCGAGGCAUCCCUUGGGAUGAUCAAGAAGAUGAAGAGUUUUCAGACUUUUUACUUCAAACUAAUCAGCAUAUUUGAAGGCAAAGACCCAGACGGUUAUUCGUUGAACUCAGAUGAAGAUUGGUACCACGAAACAGCAGAAGAUUGA